CGUCGGUGGACGGUUUCUACUAGUUACCACAGUCAUAAAGUCAAAAUGGGCUAUAUUUUAAAAAUUCAGAACUAAAAUAUGUUUAAUUUAAGGUUAGGAUUAGGCAUACGUUUAUCAGUGUGGUUAAGCUUAGGUUUAAAAUCUGAUUUUAAGAAAAAAAAUUGUAGAAUAGGCGGGGUUUAUGACUUUGUGGCUGUGUGACGACCGUGAGUGAGGAGGCUACCAAAGAAAAUGCUAUUGUUGUCGUCUGUCAGCUAGACGAUAACUGGCAUAUAUACUUAACUAGCUGAAAGGAAUUAUCAAUGAGUAUUUUAUAUAUUGACAACGCCACAUAUUACCUGUUAAAAUGAAAAAAGGAGGAAUGCUCCAUUGGGCCUAACUGCUCUGACCUGAGGGAGCUGAGUCUGCUCCCCCCAUAAUCCCUUUGACCCCUGACUCUUGACCCCUGGACGGUGUAACCAUGACGACGGGUGAUUGUUGCCACCUCCCGGGCUCCCUGUGCGACUGCACUGGCAACGCUGGGCUUUCCAAAAGCGUGGAGGAGUCGGAUAACUGCAGAGCGCAGUAUGUCACCCAGGUCACAGCCAAAGAUGGGCGGCUGCUCUCUACCGUCAUCAAACCUUUGAGCACACAGAGUGAUGGGCCAAUCUGCCGGAUCUGCCACGAGGGGGCCAACGGCGAGGGGCUUCUGUCCCCCUGCAACUGCACAGGGACUCUGGGCACGGUGCACAAGAGCUGCCUGGAGAAGUGGCUCUCCUCCUCCAACACCAGCUACUGUGAGCUGUGCCACACAGAGUUCACCAUUGAGCGCAGGCCCAAGCCCCUCACAGAGGUAACAAAGUGGCUGCGGGACCCGGGCCCUCGUAACGAGAAACGCACAUUGUUCUGUGACAUGGUGUGCUUCCUAUUAAUCACGCCCCUGGCAGCCAUCUCUGGCUGGCUGUGUCUGAGGGGAGCCCAAGACCACCUGCACUUCAACAGCAGACUGGAGGCCUUGGGCCUCAUUGCCCUCACCAUCGCUCUUUUCACAAUCUACGUCCUCUGGACUCUGGUAUCAUUCCGCUACCACUGUCAGCUCUACUCUGAGUGGAGACGAACCCAUCAGAAAGUACGCCUCCUCCUUCCCGACGCAAAGGGGCGGCAUUCUAACCAGCAUUCCUUGCUCUCCACCAAGCUGCUGAAAAAGACGGCAGACGAGACUAUAGUAUGAGGUCAAAGGUGGGAAAGUUUGAAGUUGGUGUUCUUUGGGUGCUGGAGGUUCUCAAUGAAAAAGCACGUCUCCAACCAGAGCCCAAGCUCUUUUUCUAUUUAAAUCCUUUUUACCUAUGUGUGUCAUCAUCGUCAGCACUUCUUUUUUAUUUUGUCGUCUGAGCCUCUGAUGGUGUUUUUUUGUGAUCUGGUAAAGAAACCAGUAGGUUAGAGACCAGUGAUUACCGUGCAGUAUGGUGUUUCUGAAGGUUUGGAAAAGGGCAGUUGAUUGGAUGGGUCUCCGCUGUGCCCUGCAAAGGGACGACCUAGGAUUCAUUGGACAGAUGCUCAGUGGAGAUGUCUGCUGAAGCUUUAAGACCAAACCCUCUACUGUUUAUUUGGACAAUUCCCACUUUCUCCUCCCUAAUUUCCUUCACAGCCGUCUCUAAAAGGGUAGCAUGGAUCGUUGACGCUGAUCUAAGGCGAGCCAUCCAGCGGUUGGUUCCUUAACCACUGAGUGUAGAAGUAAAAAGCUUAAAGCUUUGAUUCCUGUUAACCAGCCACAGGCUAUUAGACUGGGGGGGAUUAUAGAUGCUUAUGACAUUUCUACGCAAGCCAGUUGACUCCCUUCAAUUCAACUCCAUCUGUUUUCCCCCUUGGUGUGAGCAGGAAUUUUGUUCAUAAAGAUGGAGAUUGUGUAAUAAAACACUGGACACGGUUUCCUCUCACAGUACGUGAUGAGACUGCUACCAACAUGCACAGUUUUGCAUGCAUGUACUGUUACUUUUUUAUUUUUGGUAUAGGUUUUUUUUUUUGGGGGGGGGGGGGUUACUGUGGGGGUUUGUACGAGAGGUUAGUUGAGCUCCCAUUAAUCUGGUGUUACUAGUUAAUAUGUUGAACUGGGUUUCCUCCCUAGAGUAUAGAGGUCUCUCAUACUAUCAGAUGAGAGAAAAAAAAACUUUAUGGAAAUGUAUAUUCCACCAACAUGAAGUUACAACUUUUUGUGGUUGACGGAAAGUAAGUCUUACUUUUCCAGGACAAUGUUAGAAUAGCGCAGGUCAAGAUCACUCUUCAAUAGCUAGUACAUUGCUCUCCUACGACGAUAGUCCAAUGAAAUGCUUUUAAAUAUUAUGUGUUUUUUUUUGUGUAGUCAUAACAUUUGCUAGUAAUCACAUGCAGCAAGAGCAUAGAUUGGUUAAUUGAUGUUACUUCAUGUUUUGUAGCAGUUGUAUUCCCUUUCUGAUAUGCAGGCGACCAGACUGACGUCUAGUCUCAGACGUCUACAGAUGCCAACUGUACCUUGACAGUAGAACCCAGUGUGUGGAGCAAGACCAGUGUAGGCAUUGUUCUCACCCAUCUACCACAGCUUUAAAAUGCAUGAGUUGACCUCUGGACAAGAGAGAUAUGCAAAAACACUGAUUUAUAGGGCUGGCCAUGUUACUAUCAUCUGUUUGGAUCUUUUCAUGAAUAUACAGUUGAAGUCGUAAGUUUACAUACACUUAGGUCGGAGUCAUUAAAACUCGUUUUUCAACCACUCCGCAAAUUUCUUGUUAACAAACUAUAGUUUUGGCAAGUCAUUUAGGACAUCUACUUUGUGCAUGACACAAGGAAUUUUUCCAACAAUUGUUUACAGACAGAUUAUUUCACAUAUAAUUCACUGUAUCACAAUUCCAGUGGGUCAGAAGUGUACAUACACUAAGUUGACU